AUGAAAGAAGUCGAGGAAAACUUCAAACUCCACUCUAUUCCAUCAUGCGCUGCUAAGGAAAAAAUGGGUGCGACAUUUUCCAAUGAGUCAGCACUACACGGCACCGUUUUGGGUCACUUGCUUAACCUCCCGAAUGUGAAUACAGAAGUUCUGAAAGCUAUUUACAAAAUGAUAACUGUUAAUGGCAACCAAGACAAAUUGAGUGAUAUUGGUAUAUCUAAAUUCUUAACAAAAUGGAGAACGGUUUACUUUUCCAAUAAAAAGCCACUAAUUGAUGCACUUAACAACCGAUUUUACGAUGAUGUUGUUAAUGAAGAGUUCGAGCAUUUCAUUAACAAGCAGAAUGACAAUUAUAUGGAAGCGAGAGCUGAAAUUGGUCUGCUCAUUGAGUUAUAUCAUAAAGAUUACCUGAAAAGUAACUUUCUGAACAAUGAUGCACUAGAAAAACUGAUCAUUUUGAUAAUUGCUACUGAUUACAUGCCGAUGAACUUUUUUCCAAUCUUCAACUACUCUUGUUCAACAACUGAUCCCAGUUUUAAAUCACACCUCCUGAAUUCAAUUCAAAACCUUUUUCUUGUUGGUUACGAACCAAUUCUAGACAAAUUACUAUUUAUUUAG